GAAGGCCGGGGGGCGGGGUGUACGUGGCGUGAUAGGAGCAGAAAUUUCUGGAAUGGAGAACACGUACACCUUCUCAACUCCCACACAUAGCUGCUUCUCGGCCUUCGCCAUCUCCCCCUCUCCUUCUCUCUCUCUCUCUGCACUCGAUUGUAUACCAGAGCAGUCCAGAUCUCCGGCCACAACUUACCCCCAAAAAAAAUCUCCGGCCACAUACACAACCAUUGCCAUGCCGGUGCGUAACUCGCUCUCUCUCUUUUGCAUAGAUUCUCCUUAUUUCUCACUGAUCUUGCAUCAUCUCCCUCGCUCUCUGUCUUUCUCUCACACUGAUUCUUUGCAGAUGUUUAGCAUAGAGCUAAUUCCAUUUCAGAUCUACUCUUUUAGGUUACAGUUUUUGGUAAGUUCUCUUAGAUGAUUUCGGUUGUACAAUUUGGUUAAGAACUUUAGCUAUCGUAGUCUUUACUUCUGAUUGACUUCGGUUACUUUAAAUCUGCUGAAAUUUUCCUCCCGAAGGAAUGGAUUGUUUCGGUUGUACAAUUUGGUUAAGAACUUUAGCUAUCGUAAUCUUUACUUCUGAUUGACUUCGGUUACUUUAAAUCUGCUGAAAUUUUCCUCCCGAAGGAAUGGAUUGUUUGUUAAAUUUUGAUUUCCUACUUUGUGUAGAUUUCAAUUUGUAGUGCAGGAAAAUUUAUGAAAAGUAAUGGAGUAUUUGUUGUGAUAAAUUGAAAUCUAAAAAUCAACAAACAUGUGAUUUGUGCAAGUUAAGAUUAAUAAUCUCACGGACUCUUGCUCAAUUAAAAAAAGUGUUAUGAUGCUCUUCGUGUGGUUUUUAUACGAUGUGAUGAUUAUUUAUGGUUUAUUUCAUCCUUUACAGUUUGUUUAUCAAUCAAGUAAAAGCUUUGGCUUUUAUCGUUAACUUCGAGUUUUGUCAUCGAAUACAUGGUCGGCGUUUGUGUUCCAUGAUGACCUACGACUAUUGAGAUAUCAGUCCCUUCUUUGUCCUCAUCUCUGCAAGUAUGCAUGCCUAGGUAAGGGAGUUCUUCUCUGAAUUCAUUACUCAUUCUGUGUUGAGUGUGUUCCAAAUUAAUAGUUUGUGACCUAACUACUAGAAAUCACACAAGGUAUACAUAUUUUUUGUGGGUGUUAAUCUUUUCUGGUUGUAGACCUACGGUUUUCUUUGAAUUUUGUUUCUAUACAUCUGAUUUGCCCGUUUUGCAUGUGCUUGUUAGUGUUAAUUUCUCUGGGUAUUGAUUCUUAUUGUGAUUGUUGGUAUUGAUUUUGCAGAAAGGUAAAGUUGGUUAUAUGGUUCUUCGGUUGGUGUGUGAGAAGAGAGGGGAGGAAAAAAGGUCAAGCAGAAAAGAAGAAUGGAAGGAACGAAUUUGGGUUAUUGAAUCUUGAUUUGCUUCUCUUGGAUCAAAUUCAAUCUGGAAAUCACAGAUCCAACUGGAACAAUUGAGGCAACAGUAUUUCCAGAAGUUGCAACAGAAUUCUAUAGCCUCAUGGCAGCGGAUGCAAUGGAUGUAAAACAAACAUACUCAGAUGUGGAUAGCUUUGUUGAGCAUGUAAUCAUGAGUGGCAAACCGUGGGAAUCAGGAGUGCCAGAGGUGUUGGCUGGUUCUCAUGUGUUCAUUUGUGCUCAUGCUAAUAGAGAUAAAAGAUGUGGUGUUUGUGGACCAGUUCUUAUUGAGAAGUUUGAAGAGGAGAUUGAAACAAGGGGAUUGAAGGAUCAGGUUUUUGUGAGAGCUUGUUCGCAUAUCAGGGGUCAUAGAUAUGCUGGGAACAUAAUAAUUUUCAGUCCAGAUGCAGAGGGAAAAACUUGCUGGUCACUGGUAUGGUUAUGUUACUCCUGAUGAUGUGCUUGAAAUGCUGGAGCAGCAUAUUGAAAAGGGAGAGAUCAUAGAUCGCCUUAGGUUUGUGUCUUUGAAGUUACUUUGUCUGUUGCCAUGGAUUUUUUUAGAAUGUUAUGUAGCUAUUGUGAUUAUUGGGCAAUUUUCUUGAGAUAUUGGAGGCAUGGGUUGCGUUAUACGCUUGACUGAGAUUGUUGUUGCCUUGUUGGGGUUAAUAUUUUUUUACAUUGUCACUUUUAAGGGUUUCCAGUGAGUACUAAUGGCAAGAUGGCAGUUUAUGUGCCUUUUUUA